AUGGGAACGAUCAAUGUCAUCUUCAUUGCCCCCGACAAGAUCGGUUCUUGCCCCUUCCGAGUGAUGUCUGUAGCUCGGCUUCCCUCCGAGAGCAAUGAUCUGAAGCCCAAAAAAGCCAGAGUGGAAAUUCGACCAGUCCUGGGCUUCUCGGAUGAGGACAAAAUCGGAACCAUUCAACCCCACACCGAUGCUCUAGUGGUCACACUCAGGAUAGGAGGGUAUGAUGUAAAGAGAAUGUUGGUAGACCAAGGUAGCGCUAUCGAGGUCAUGUACCUUGACCUGUACAAGGGGCUGAGAUUAAAACUCGAGGACCUGACAACCUACAAUUCCCCUCUAAUUAGUUUUGAGGGGAAGACUGUUAUUCCAAAGGGUCAAAUCAGACUACCCAUACAGAAUGGUUCGGAAGUGGUGGAGGUAAACUUCAUCGUGGUGGAUGCCUAUUCUCCCUACACAGCUAUUAUGGUCAGGCCCUGGCUCCAUGCUCUAAAAUCCAUUUCAUCCACCCUGCACCAGAAAGUAAAAUACCCCUCGGGGGGCCGCGUCAAAGAAAUUGUGGGGAAUCAACCUGUGGCUCAGCAAUGCCUUGUGGCUGCCAUCUCACAGCAACAUGAAACUAGCUCCUCUGCCACUGCCAAAAGGGACUUAUAG